ACAACUUCAUAGUAUUACGUGAGUACGUGUCGUGAUAUAUACAUUAAAGUUGAUCUAUCAGCUAUUGUUUCCGACAUUUUUAUCGUACUGAAUUAUUAAAGUUUUGAAAAUGUCGACUAAUUCAGUGUCUGAACGAAAAAUAAAUUCUGGUGUGGCUCUUGAAAUUGAAAAAGAAAAAAAUAAGGAGCCUAUUAAGGGAGAAAGAAAUAUUUUGAUUACUAGUGCGUUACCUUAUGUUAAUAAUAUUCCUCAUUUGGGAAAUAUUAUUGGUAGUGUGCUAAGCGCAGACGUGUUUGCUAGAUAUUCUCGUGCACGUCGAUAUAAUACACUUUUUGUAUGUGGUACAGAUGAAUAUGGUACAGCAACAGAAACGAAAGCUCUUGAAGAAGGGACUACUUGUCAAGAGCUUUGUGAUAAAUACAAUGCCAUCCAUAAACAAGUAUAUGAAUGGUUUGAGCUUGAUUUUGAUUAUUUUGGUAGAACUACCACUCGACAACAAACCGAAAUUGCUCAGGAUAUAUUUAUGAAACUUUAUAAAAAUGGAUAUCUUUCUGAAGAUGCCAUGAUACAAUUAUUUUGCGAAAAAUGCCAGAGAUUCCUUGCCGAUCGUUACGUUGAAGGAACUUGCCCAAAAUGUAAUUAUGAGGAUGCUCGAGGAGAUCAAUGUGAUUCUUGUGGACAACUCUUGAAUGCGACUGAAUUAGUUAAUCCACGUUGUAAAUUAGAAGGAAGCACACCAAUUAUGAGAGAAUCUAAACAUAUGUUUUUAGAUUUAGAUACACUGCAAAAAACGGUUGAAGAUUGGGUAAUAAAAACAAGUGUUGAAGGAAAAUGGUCAACUAAUAGUAAAACUAUUACAAAUUCUUGGCUUAAAGAAGGUCUAAAACCUCGUUGUAUUACUAGAGAUCUUAAAUGGGGUACUCCUGUUCCACUUGAAGAAAUGAAAGAAAAAGUAUUUUAUGUCUGGUUCGAUGCUCCGAUUGGUUAUUUAUCUAUUACUGCAAAUUAUACUCCACAUUGGGAAAAAUGGUGGAAGAAUCCUGAUGACGUUAAGUUAUAUCAAUUUAUGGGAAAAGAUAAUGUCCCAUUCCAUACUGUUAUAUUUCCAAGUUCUUUAUUUGGCACAGGCGAAGAUUGGACUUUGUUAUAUCAUAUAAAUACGACAGAAUACUUGAAUUAUGAAAAUACAAAAUUCUCUAAAUCACGCAAUAUUGGCGUUUUUGGUACAGAUGCUAAAGAUACUGGUAUUAAUGUUUCAGUAUGGCGGUAUUAUUUAAUUGCAAGCCGACCAGAAACAAACGAUUCAGUGUUUACGUGGAAGGAAUUCAUUGCAAAAAAUAAUAAUGAAUUACUCGCGAAUUUAGGAAAUUUUGUUAAUAGAGUAAUUAAAUUUUCCGCAUCAAAAUAUAAUAGUAUCGUACCAGAAUUUUCUUAUGACAAAAUUGAAGAAAAAGAAUUUAUAGAAAAUAUUGAUUCUUUAUUAAAAAAUUAUAUUGAAACAUUAGAAAAUGUUAAAUUACGUGCUGGAUUGGAAAUUGCUAUGGAAAUUUCAAGAUUAGGAAAUGGUUAUUUACAAGAAUCAAAACUAGAUAAUUCACUAUUUCAAAAUAAUAUUGAAAAAUGUUCUACAGUUAUUGGUAUUGCCAUUAAUUUAAUUUAUCUUUUAUCUGCCUUAUUUUUCCCUUAUAUGCCUUCCACUACCGAAUCUAUUUGCAGACAAUUAAACGCUCCACUGAGAGAUAUACCUGAUACUUGGACUAUUGAUAUUUUACCUGGACAUAAACUUGGUAAAGCUGAAUAUCUUUUCAAAAAAAUUGAUGAUAAAAAGGAAGAGGAAUAUCUUAAUAGGUAUGGUGGUGGUGAUGGUAAGGUAGCUGAAACAAAAAAGAAGGCAAAAAAAGGGAAGAAUGUGAACACAGUUACUAAUAAUAAAUCUAGUAAAAUAGUUAAUGGUUAAAUUAUAAAUUAGUAUUUUUUUUUUUAUUAGUUUAGCAACAUUAUGUAAAACAUUUCAGAAAUAAAAAGAAAUUAUGAUAUUGACUUCAUGUUUUUU